AUUACGAACCGAUUUGUAAUUUCCAGUUGCACCUCUGUUUGAAAAAAGAAAGAAGGGCCUUUGAAAGGCAAAGAAGUCAAUAUUGUUAUGACGUUUCGCUUCCCCAGUCUUGUUCCCGGUGCUAUAGAUCCUCUGUGGUUUACAGUGGACCGUCCUUGUGAUGAUGAAAAUGAAUUGGAACAACUUGAGAAAGGACACGACCUUUGGCUUGAGAGCAUAGCCAAGAAAGACAACAAUAUAGUUCCAGUAGGGAAAACUGCAUCAGAGCAUCUAGAAGAUGAUGAUGAAGAUGAGGACGAUGAUGAAGGAGAUGAUGAUGAUGAAAGUGAUACUAAUGAUGAUGAACUAGACACAGACAUGUUAGAUGAACGUGACUCUGGAGAUGAUGCUGGUUGAUUGAUUGGAUUAUUUUUAAUUCUAUUUUCCUGUAUAGACAGUGGUAUUAAUCAGUUCAUGUUGAGCAAUUUAUUGACAACAUAUGAAUGAAUUUUGUUUACCAUGAAUAAUGGAGCAUAUCAGUGCCAUGGAUUCUUUAUAUACAACAUAUGUGAAUACUUGGAUAUUGUGAUUUCAUUGUUAUCUUCUCAUUAAAUGUAGGAAAGACUAUUGUACAUUUCAUUAGAAUUUUGCUAUAUUGGUCAUAAAUAUUGUUCUUUUAUGAUACUGAUGAGCUUUAAUACAUGUAAAUGGUAUAUUUUACACAUACAUAAAUUUGUUUGUGAACUUUA